AUGCCCAUGGCCGUGCGUGUGCCUUUGCUGCAACCCCUCAGAAUCCAGGGUCUCUCCAGGUCUCUCAGGGUCUUCCAGGGUCUUCCAGGGGUCCAGCGCGGGAGCCCCUCAGUGGCCGCGUUCUGCUAUGCAAGCGCUCUUGCAGGGGUGCCCCCACUUCCGAGCGUCAAGCAGAAUGUGGGAGGAUUUCGACCAGAUACACCAAGCACCCACCAAGCACCCGCACCUCCCGCCUUUUCCACCCGCCAGAUAGGACACGUUCACGUUCUCGUUUAUCCACACCAUUCUCUAUCGCCAGCACUCGUGCAUCGCAAUUCUUCCAAGUGGCAAGGGCACACAAAUGGGGCCACUUUCGAAGUUGCCCGAGCUCUCCCCCAGAGCUGGCGUGUUUCCCACGUCAUUGCACUAGGCGACGUGCGUGUGUGGAACCCUAAAAUGCGCCCCCGGCCGCUUAAUUGGCUCCGAUUUCCAUCUUCUGCAGUGGGGAAAAACUAA